GCGCGCGUCGGAGCCGCCGGGCCGCAAGCGCAGGCGGCGAGUCCACCGCACCUGCAGGGAGCUCGGGCUGCCCAGUCGGGCACCUGGGUUUUCGCUGCCUGAUCCCCUUCCAUCCACUCGCCGGGUGGCCCAUGACGCCCAAGACCCCAGGUGGGAGACAAUGACCACUUCUCUGCAAGAUGGGCAGAGCGCCUCGGGCAGGGCGGCUGCCCAGGACUCUCCCCUGGCCGCCCAGGUGUGCGGCGCUGCCCAGGGGAGGGGCGACGCCCACGACAUGGUGCCGGCGCCCUGGCUGCACGCGCGGGCGUUCCUGCCCGCUCCGGACGGGACCCACGGCUGUGCGGCGGACAGGAGAAAAAAGAGAGAUCUGGAUGUUCUGGAAAUGCCACCUAUUCCAAAUCCUUUUCCUGAGUUGUGCUGUUCUCCAUUUACAUCUGUGUUGUCAGCAGGCCUAUUUUCCAAAACUAAUUCAAGGAAAAAGCAGGUGAUUAAAGUGUACAGUGAAGAUGAAACCAGCCGGGCUUUGGAGGUGCCCAGUGAUAUAACUGCCCGAGGCGUUUGCCAACUACUGAUUGUGAGGAAUCAUUAUGUUGAUGACCACAGCUGGACCCUUUUUGAGCACCUGCCUCACGUAGGUGUAGAAAGAAUAAUAGAAGACCAUGAGCUGGUAGUUGAAGUGCUAGCUAACUGGAGAAUGGAGGAAGAAAAUAAGCUAUACUUUAGAAAAAAUUAUGCCAAAUAUGAAUUCUUUAAAAAUCCAAUGUAUUUUUUUCCAGAACACAUGGUGUCUUUUGCAACUGAAACCAAUGGUGAAAUAUCUCCCUCACAAAUUUUGCAGAUGUUUCUAAGUUCAAGCACAUAUCCUGAAAUCCAUGGUUUCUUACAUGCAAAAGAACAGGGAAAGAAGUCCUGGAAAAAAAUUUACUUCCUUCUAAGAAGAUCUGGUUUAUAUUUUUCUACCAAAGGUACAUCAAAGGAGCCGCGGCAUUUGCAGUUUUUCAGCGAGUUUGGCACUAGUGAUAUUUAUGUGGCACUGGCAGGCAAAAAGAAACAUGGAGCACCAACUAACUAUGGAUUCUGCUUUAAGCCUAACAAAGCGGGAGGGCCCCGAGACCUGAAAAUGCUCUGUGCGGAAGAAGAGCAGAGUAGGACGUGCUGGGUGACCGCAAUUAGAUUGCUUAAG